GCCAGGCCCCUAUAGUCUCCCCAGGCCAUGCCGACGCCCACGGGGCGCCGCGGCCACAGCACCGCGCACCGAGCCUUUUUGGAUUACCGCCAGCAUCCCUCCGCAUAACGAGAAAGAAAGUGCCAGUGCGAGUGUGUGCGCGUGUGUGUGUGAGUGAGGCAAAGCAGCAGGCUGGCCGUGGCCCAUGCCCUGACAUGAGGCGUGUGCUCGUGGUGGUGCUGGCGGCGACGCUGGCCUGCGUCCUGCCGCACGGCAGUGAUGGCCACGCCGCGGGUUACUCUCGCGGCCCCAGGAUCCCGACGCCCUACCAGUCGCUCGCCUCCACGCCGUCGGACGCGCAGGCCGACGCGCAGGCCGACGCGCCCGCCCUCAAGACCAGGCGCGCCUUCUUCCCGGAGACAGAGGACGACGGUGACAACCACCACGACGGCGGCCAUGGCGGCUUCCACGACGAGGACGUUGCCUUGGACCGGCCCCGGGACUCGCGCAGGCUGCCCGGGGGACCGCACGACCAGGAAGCCCUCCUUCUGGGCCUCCUCGCGCACAAGCACGGCAACAGCAGCACCGGCCUGAGCGUGCCGGACAACCCGCGUGGCGUGCAGGGCAGCCUCAUGGACAUGUUGAGCAAGAUGAUCCCGCAGACGUGCUGGUACAACUCGGAGCAGUUCGACUGCGGCCUCAGCCUGUCCUGCGUGCUGGAGGGCGGCCGCCCGCUGGACCUGUGCUCCGGGGGGCUCAUCUGGUCGUGCUGCGUGGCGCCCAGCAAGGUGGAGACGGCCGACCCGAACGUCGGCGCCCUGGAGAACGCGAGCUGCGGGGAGCUCUACAUGAGGAGCAACAGGAUCGUCGGCGGCCACAGCUCCAAUUUCGGCUCCCACCCGUGGCAGGCCGCCAUCAUCAAGUCCGGCUUCCUCUCCAAAAAGCUGUCCUGCGGCGGCGCGCUGCUCAACGACCGCUGGGUGGUGACGGCCGCCCACUGCGUCGCCACCACGACCAACAGCAACCUGCGCGUGCGGCUGGGCGAGUGGGACGUGCGCGACACGACGGAGCGCCUGCACCACGAGGAGUACGCCGUGGAGCGCAAGGAGGUGCACCCCCAGUACAGCCCCACGGACUUCCGCAACGACCUGGCGCUCAUCAAGCUGGACAAGCCCGUGUCCUUCAAGCAGCACAUCCUGCCCGUGUGCCUGCCCGACCCGGGCAUCAAGCUGGUGGGCAGGACGGCCACGGUGGCGGGCUGGGGCCGCACCAGGCACGGUGUGUCCACCGUUCCCACCGUCCUGCAGGAGGUCGACGUGGAGGUGAUCGCCAACGACCGAUGCCAGCGGUGGUUCCGGGCGGCGGGCCGGAGGGAAACCAUCCACGACGUCUUCCUGUGCGCGGGCUUCAAGGAGGGCGGCCGCGAUUCGUGCCAAGGUGAUUCCGGGGGCCCUCUGACCAUGACGAUCGAGGGCAGGAAGGCUCUGGUCGGCCUCGUGUCUUGGGGCAUUGGCUGUGGCAGGGAGCAUCUCCCCGGAGUCUACACCAACAUACAGAAGUUCGUGCCGUGGAUCAACAAAGUGAUGGUCUGAACCGCUGAACUGAGACUGAGCUCCGGUCCAAGGUGGAUGUCUUACCAAAGAGCUUGAAGCGCUCGCAGCGCCAGCGCCCAGCGCCCCUGGCGGCGCGCGGCGGAACUGCUGCAAAUCGCGCGACGCGCGCCCAGUGUGAAAUUGUGCGCCCUUCCGCCUCCGGUCUCCGUCGCGGCAACGGCAACGACAUUGGCAACUUGGCUAAUCCGGAGUGUUUUGGCUCCGGUUUGGCGACGGUGGUUGAGCGCCGCGACUUCUGAGGACUGAGAUAGCGACUCUUCUGCUCAUUUGAAGUACGAACUGAGUGAAAUAUUUAUUUAAUUUUGUGGGUGAUGCAUCACACAAUAUAAAUUCUGGUGUCAAAAUGUUACCAAGUAGGAGUUCUCUACCAGGCAACAUGAGACAGAUUGAUCUGUUUAAUGUGCCGAUUCAGCAGAAGUGCCAACUGUCAUAACAAUUAUUCUAUCUGCAUGAGGCAAUAGAGUAAUAUAUUUUACGAUUUAAUCGUAGUUCAACUAAUUUCCAGUGCAUCAGAGAUUGUGCUUCAACCUGAAGACUGGUAUGUUAAGGGAUAGAGCAAGUUUAUGUAAAUAUAUUUAUAUGGUGGCCUUGACUGUGACUUAGGAAUCAAUUGUGGUGAUACUGCACUCCUGUAUCUUGUAUGUGAUAACCAUAUGCUGCAAUGGCCUGUUACCUCAGGAAUACCUUGUCAUAUUGUCUGUUUCAUAAAGCUUCUCUCCAUUCAGGUGCGCUGACUGAGAUUGUACCACAUUGGUAUCUUUGCGCACAGCUUUAAUGACUAGAGAACCUUUGUUAGAUCAAACGGAUUAAUAUUUUUCCACCCCUUUGUGCUAUUUAUUUAUUGAUUGUAGGAAAAAUCUAGUAGAUAUGAUGCUUAGGAUUUAAUUGUAAAUGUUCCCAAUUCCCAUAAAGAGAGAAAAAGAAAAGAAAGAAAUUUUAUGUUUAACAAUUUUUGUAAAUACAGAUGGAUCUGCAUCAGACAUUAAAUAACUUGAAUAUGCCA